AGUGGAGCACUCGAUAGUCGAUAGUCUAUAAGGGUAACAAACUCAUAAACUAAAGUCACAUGUGAACGAAAUGAAAUAUCUUGAAUCAGCUAAUUGAGAUGUUUCCAUCCUUGCGCGCACUAUGACACUAUCCCCACUCUCUCUUUCUCCACUUUCUGUCACCACGCAAUUAUUUUGAGAACCAGACAACCACCCACCGCUUCCUUACUCUUUUUUUUUUUUCUUUUUUUUUUUUGUGUUCCCGCACAGUCACAGUCACAGUCACAGAAAGUGUGCAUUAAAAACAGCACUCGGUAAAGCAGCAUCGUCCAUUUCCAUUUCCCAUUCUCCUCGCUCUCUCACAAACAUGGGUUCCUUUCGCCAGCCUCUCCUCGCACUUCUCUCGCUUCUGCUCCUGGGUCUCUCCGGUGCGGCGGAACCGGAGAGGACCACUUACAUUGUGCACGUGGCCAAAUCGGAAAUGCCGGAGGCCUUCGAGCACCACACCGUGUGGUACCAGUCGUCGCUGAAAUCCGUGUCGGACUCCGCGGAAAUGAUAUACACCUACGACAACGCCAUCCACGGUUACGCGACUAGGCUAACCGCGGAGGAAGCGCGUCUGCUGGAGACCCAAGAGGGGAUUCUGGCGGUGUUGCCGGAGGCCAGGUACGAGCUUCACACCACAAGGACGCCUCUGUUCCUCGGACUUGACAAAAGCGCGGACAUGUUCCCCGAUUCGAGUUCCGCGAGUGACGUCAUUAUCGGAGUCCUCGACACGGGUGUUUGGCCCGAGAGUAAAAGCUUCGACGACGCUGGACUUGGGCCUAUUCCUAGUGGGUGGAAAGGCGAGUGCGAAACGGGCACCAAUUUCACCGCCAAAAACUGUAACAGAAAGUUGAUCGGAGCUAGGUAUUUCGUCAGCGGUUGCGAAGCCAUGCUUGGUCCGAUUAACGAGACGGAGGAGUCUAGGUCGCCGCGUGACGACGACGGCCACGGCACCCACACCGCCAGCACCGCGGCGGGGUCGGUUGUUUCCGGCGCGAGUUUGUUCGGCUACGCGGCCGGGACGGCGCGUGGGAUGGCGACGCGCGCGAGAGUGGCUGUUUACAAGGUUUGCUGGAAGGGAGGGUGUUUCAGCUCCGACAUUCUGGCGGCGAUUGAUAAGGCGAUCGCGGACAACGUGAAUGUAUUGUCGUUGUCGCUGGGUGGUGGAGUGGCUGAUUAUUUCAGAGACCACGUAGCUAUCGGAGCUUUUUCUGCGAUGGAGAAAGGGAUUUUGGUUUCUUGCUCCGCUGGGAACGCGGGUCCUACUUCCGGGAGUCUCUCCAAUGUGGCUCCAUGGAUUACUACGGUAGGGGCUGGCACACUGGAUCGUGAUUUCCCUGCUUAUGUUUCACUCGGGAAUGGGCUUAACUACUCCGGCGUGUCGCUUUACAGGGGUAGCGCUUUGCCAGAUUCUCCUUUACCUUUUGUCUACGCAGGGAAUGCUAGCAACGCCACCAAUGGGAACUUGUGCGUCACGGGAACGCUGUCUCCGGAGAAGGUCGCCGGGAAGAUAGUGUUAUGCGACCGUGGGUUAACUGCUAGGGUUCAGAAAGGUUCGGUGGUGAAAUCCGCCGGAGGAUUGGGCAUGGUGUUGAGCAACACCGCCGCCAACGGCGAGGAGCUGGUGGCCGACGCUCAUCUCUUGCCGGCGACCGCGGUUGGGGAGAAAGCCGGUGACGCAAUUAAGAAGUACUUGUUCACCUCAGCCAAACCGACGGUGAAGAUUGUGUUCGAGGGAACGAAGGUGGGGAUUCAGCCAUCCCCCGUGGUCGCUGCGUUCAGCUCGCGUGGUCCAAACUCGAUCACGCCGCAGAUCUUGAAACCCGAUCUGAUCGCGCCAGGUGUCAACAUCUUAGCGGGGUGGUCGAAGUCCGUGGGCCCCACGGGGUUGCCCGUUGAUGGGAGGCGCGUGGAUUUCAACAUCAUCUCUGGCACGUCCAUGUCGUGCCCUCACGUGAGCGGUCUAGCCGCGCUGAUCAAGUCGGCUCACCCUGAGUGGAGCCCAGCCGCGGUUCGUUCGGCUCUCAUGACAACGGCUUACACCGUUUACAAGACCGGUGCCAAGUUGCAAGACAGUGCAACGGGUAAACCCUCCACGCCGUUGGAUCACGGUUCCGGACACGUGGACCCUGUUGCCGCCCUUAAUCCAGGGCUGGUCUACGAUCUUAGCGUGGAUGAUUAUCUUGGUUUUCUCUGCGCGUUGAAUUACUCAUCCUCAGAUUUCUUAACCCUGGCCAGGAGAAAGUUCCAGUGCGACGCGAGCAGGCGGUACAGUGUGAGCGAGCUGAACUACCCUUCGUUUGGGGUGGUGUUUGGAUCAGGGUCGAGCGUGGUUAAACACACGCGUACCCUGACGAACGUGGGACCCGCUGGGACCUACAAGGCUUCAGUGACGUCAGAGAACUCAUCCGUGAAAAUCUCGGUUGAGCCGCAAGUGUUGAGUUUCAAGGAAAAUGAGAAAAAAUCAUUCAGCAUCACGUUUUCGUCAUCGGGUUCGCCCCAGAGAGUAAAUGCUUUUGGUUUUGGACGGUUGGAGUGGUCUGAUGGGAAGCACGUGGUUGGAACCCCGAUUUCAAUUAAUUGGGAUUGAUCGUCACACCUGGCAUAAGGUUGAUCUAAGGUUCAUCACUCACUCGAAGAGGGGUGUGUCUUGAUUGAUUGAUUGGCUAGUUAUUAUAUUUAUAUAUGUAUUAUUAUUAUUAUAUUUAACUUUUGCAAACAAAAUGUUGGCUUUAACUAGCUGGAAAUUAAUGAUGGCUGGGACCUUGUGUUUGGUUGGUGUGGGUCUGUUUGCUAGCUGGGGGAAAUGUUGCAACGGGUAAAAAUGUUUGGGUCAUCUAUUUCUUCCGGUGUACACCAUGCUAAUCAUUGAUGAAUAUUUCUUCAACCAUCACUAGGUUUCGUUCAACUA